AUGGCCAGUCGUCAAUCAAGACUAGAAGCUGAAAAGCUAGCAAUUAUACAAAAGUCAAUGUCUAGAGGAAGAUCAUUAUCACCUGGAGCAGCAGGAAAGGGAAAUUUCUACAACAGUCGAUCACCAUCAGUAUCAAAUGAAGAUUAUAACAAGAAUUUAAAAUGGUCAAUAGUAAAUCAUGACCCACUGGAAAGAAUAAUUAAAGAAGGUGAAAAUCCUGAUGAAAAUGUAUGGGAGAAUGAAGUAAGUGAAGAAGAACAUAUAAGCGAUGAUGAUGCUAAUGAAAAAUUUCAAUAUGAUGAUACUGGUAAUAUUUUACCAAACUAUGCAUGUCAAGAUGAGAAGAUUAAUGAGAUUAGUUCAAUUUUGGAAAACUCAAAUUUAAAUGAUAGAUCUACAGUAAAAAAAUUAGAAGAAUUAACAGCAAAUGAAAGAGCUUUAGCUGCUGCUAGAAAUGCAGGUACAAAAAUUGAUCCUGAUAUUUUAAAUAAAUUAGCAAGUGAUAAACAUAAAUUAACUGGACUGGAAGCUUUAAAUUUAAGACUGUCUGAUCAAGACGCAUUUGCAAGAAGACAAAAAUUGGAAAAUUAUCAAACUUAUAGAAAGAAAAUAAUUGAUCAAGAAAAUGGUAGAGAUGGUCGUAAUGGUCAAUAUCCAACAGAAACACAAAAUAUACCUGCGGAAGCUAGGGAUAAAGAAGGAGUUGAAGAUGAAGAUUUUAUGGUACCUUAUACAUCAGCAGUUGAAGAUAAACUUGAUAGUGAAUUUGCUUCACAAUUAAAUGAAACUAUAAAAGAAGGUAAAAUUGAUUCAAAUAAGUCUCAUUCAAGAGUUAUACAAACUAUUACAAGAGGUAAUUUUUUCCAAUUAGUCAAUCCAAAUUUAAAACCAAAAAUGUUUCUUGUGUGUAUGGAUUUUUCACCAGAAUCUAUAUUUGCUCUUGAAUGGUCAUUAGGUACUGUAUUAGUUGAUGGUUCAAUAUUAUUUGUUAUAUGUGUGAUUGAAGAUAGUGAUUUGAAUCAUCACUUAAAAGGUAAUACUUCAAAUGAAAAUGUACGAGAACAACAAAGACUUAAUAUGCUUAAUAGGGCAAAACAACAAGUACUUAAUUUAUUAAAAUUAACUAAAUUACAAAUUCAUAUAGUCAUUGAAAUAGUUCAUCAUCCAAUACCAAGACAUCUAAUUUUGGAGUUUAUAGAUAAUUUAAAGCCAACUUUAGUCGUUGUUGGUUCAAAAGGUCAAAGUGCUAUAAAAGGGGUUUUGUUAGGUUCAUUAUCGAAUUAUCUUGUGACAAAAUCUACAGUACCAGUAAUGGUUGUUCGUGAGAAAUUGAAAAAGAUCAACAGAUUCAAAUCAGGCUCAUCUGUAUUCUCCAAUAAUAUCAAACCAUUGACAUUAUCUGAAGCAAGAAUUGAUUGA